AUGGUUCGAAGGGUUCCGAUCGUUUGCAUUUCUAAGGUUACAUCUCCAGAAUUUUACGACCUUGAGGUUCAAAAAAGGGAAGGGUCCGAUGAGGAAAAUCAAUCGACGAGGUUGAGACCUUCGGGGGUCUAUGGCGAUGUGAACAGCGGAGAAAGAAACGAGGGGUUGAAGAUGGGGUGCUCAGCUCCGGUAAGCUUUUUACUUCAUAUUUUUUGUAUCUUUGAGAUUGGAAGCAAGGGAAGUGUUUUAUGUGUCUUACUCCACACGAAACAGCCUCUCUACUGGGGUCGUUGUAAUCUUCGAUGGAAGCAAGAAAACCGAAGGAAAGAGGGGUGUUUGGGGUCUGUUCAUCUCACAAAAAGAAAGGGAAAAGAGUUGGAACAAAAAGGGGCACCAACAUUUUCUUUUGUUUUAGGACCUCGGUUCAUGCUUCAAAGAAAACGAUUUGAGAUAGAGAUCGAAGGUAUGAAGAUGUUUGGGGUUUUUGCUUUACAGCGAAAUCCAUGGGUGUUUGUUCUUGUGUUCUUGACUGGGAUUAGAUGCAGAAAAGAAAGAACUAUGGAUGUGUGUUGGUGA